AUGGCGAUGUCUCAUCUCUAUCUUUCUUCCCCUCGACUUUCAGUGUCUCCGCGACUUCACUCUCCUCUUCUCCCCACCCAGUUUACGUUAAGCUACUCCAAGAACACUAAAGACUUUGCAAAUGAAGCUAAAGCACCAAAGAGAUUCCUCCUCUGCCGCUCGAUUCAUAUGGAAUCUGAACAUUCAGGGGAAGAGCCAAAGAGGCUAACUUUCGAUACUCUCUUGAGGAAAACGAAACAUGUUUGGGAAAACUCUCCACAGCCAGUCAAGGACUUCCCUUGGAACAGAGCUUUCGAAAACUUCGUACAGCUCGUUCUCGAUCUCGCUAUAUCGGUCGUCAAGUUCUUGUUCGUUCCUGUAGUGGCGGUUACUUCCAUCAGCGAGAUGUCUUAUUGUGCUCAUGAGAGGAAACUUGCUCUAGUCCCGUUUCCGUUAGUCUUCGGUGUUGUUUUUGCUGGCUUUCUACAAGAAACCGCUUUCAAGAUCUCUCCUCGUCUUAAGGAAGCGGAAGUGCCGUGGCAUUUGAUAGCGAUGAUGAUGGUCUUCGCUGUGGUUAAACUUCCUGGACCAAGAGUAGAAGCACUUCGGGAAAUCCUCUGCAGAGUCAGAGUUUGGAAACGAUAUGAGCAUCUUCAUCUAAGGUGCUAA